GCGGACCUUCUCUCGAAGGACCACUGUCUGAAGACAAGGGCACUCAUAGCCAAGUGGCGAUAGCCCUUGAAAGGCUGAAAGGAAAAAGGCCCACCCGAGUCGAAACACGACAAAUGGAGCUGUUUUUUUCUGUUUCGCGAGAAUUGGAGAGCGGGGAAGAGGGUCCUCCACCCUUCAGUCUUCACUUGAGUGGGAAUUCUCAUGGUGUUUGGUUCAAAUCAGAGCCUUAUAAUUGGACAAUUUCAUUGUGAGAAACUUGAUUUUUUUAGGCGUAGAUAAGUGAGUGUACUGCACAGUGAAGAGGUGGACUUUAACCUUCCGUCAAUGUGUAAGUGAUUCAUUUGAAAUACAGGUGUGAUGUGUCCUCGGAUUCAUGGUGCAAAUUUCACCCAAUAUCCAUAUCUGAGUAAUGCUCAAGUGUGUGGGUGUUGACAUUGGUCAAGAUGGUUUCCAGAACUUAUGAGAGUGCUCAAGUCCAGUAAAAGACAUUUAGUGACAUGUAUUCGACCAGCGUGACCAUCUUCAAUUUCACAGAACUACCGCUAUUGCCCAGUGAUAACGGAUCGCUGGAUUAUGGAGCAGACUCUGGACAAAAGGAUCAAUCCAAUCCUGUUUGGGGUAUGCCCAUGUUCGAAAACAAUGCCUUGGCCAAUCUCAGUGAUGCGGAAUACCUGGCUAUGGUUCUGGGUCCCAAGAAUGUGGGUCUUCCCCUCCUAAUCCCGAUCACCAUCAUCUACGUGCUCAUCUUCAUUUCGGGUGUGAUUGGCAACGUGGCCGUGUGUUUGGUGAUCAUCAAAAACAAGUCCAUGCACACUGCCACCAACUACUACCUCUUCUCGUUGGCCAUCUCUGAUCUGAUGAUAUUGGUCUUAGGUUUGCCGAACGAUCUAGCCAUUUAUUGGCAACAGUAUCCGUGGAUGUUGGGGGAGGCCAUGUGUAAAGGACGAUCCUUGGUAUCGGAAAUGACUUCUUAUUCAUCGGUUCUCAUCAUUGUUUCUUUCUCCAUGGAACGAUAUCUGGCCAUUUGUCAUCCCCUGUACUCUCACACGAUGUCCGGGUUCAAAAGAGCGGUCAGAAUCAUAUGCUUGGUCUGGCUCAUAAGCUUGGUUUCGGCCAUUCCAUAUGCCAUCUUCACGCGACUUAACUACAUUGAUCGGCCCCUGAAUUCGGGAAACUAUUUGGAGGAAUCCGCUUUCUGCGCCCUUUUGGACGACAAUAUCUAUCCAAAGAACUAUCCGGUGCAUCAGUUGUCCUCCUUCCUCUUCUUUAUCUUUCCCAUGGGAAUCCUCGUUAUUCUCUACAUUCGAAUGGGUUUUCGAAUUCGACAGACCAGUGAGAUCCAACGCAAUCUUCCGCGGUCCAACACACAAAACCAUCAUAAUAACCAUCACGGAGGAGGGGGAGGAAACAACGGGACACACCCACCCGGAUCAUCCGGAAGCUUUACGGACAGGAUGGAUAGGCAUACAGCCGGAUCUAGAAGAACUGUGCUACGAAUGCUUUUCCUUGGGUGUGGUUGUUGUCAGACUAGGCGUGGGGCACGGGUUCCACUCUGUAGUGGUGAGUCCACCUCAGGUGAAGGAGCGACCUUCGCUUGCGUAUGUGGGCCUAACAAACCAUUACUGCCUCCAAUUCAGCCUCCCAUCAAGUCAUUAGAUGAGCCAUUAGUCUCAUUGGAAGAAGAUACGGAGGCCGAUGCAGGAGAUUCCAGUGGCGGAGAGGUCUUAAUUUUGGACAUUCCUAAAGAGGACGUGGGACUCCAACAAGCUUUAUUAGACGCGGGUGUGAGGCCCGCGGCAGUUUCAAACCCCAAAUCCGAUGACAUCGUCCAUGGAAACCGUCAAAACUCUUUGGGCUCGAACUCUUCUUUUUGUCCUGUUUGUUCUGAUACACAUGCGAGUCGGACCCAAGACCUCAGUAGAGGGGAUGACACAGAUUCUUUUACCCCUCGGAUCCGUUCAGACAAGCGAAGUGUGACUAUUUUGCUUGCUGCCGUGGUGUUUGCAUUCUUCCUCUGCUGGGCUCCGUUCCAUGCUCAACGUUUGUCGUACGUGUACUUCAAGGAGUCUAUGAUCUUCCGGACCAUCAACGAGUACCUCUACUACGUCUCAGGGUUCCUCUACUACCUUUCCGCCACCGUCAAUCCCAUUUUGUAUAACCUCAUGUCCCUGAAGUAUCGCCAUGCAUUUAGACAGACCCUUUGUGGCAAAGGGACCAGUUCCCGUCGGCGACGACCGGGCACAAUCAACCGAAGCUACACAUUCCGGAGCACCACCAGAACUGUGGUGGAAAAUAACGGUUCAGAUUGGGAUCCACGCAUGCGAAAUGAACCGAGGGGGUCAUUCCGAAAACGUUCACAAGAUGGCGCGGCACAAAGAUUCAGUUUUCACAAGAGCAAUUGCUCCGAGGGAAAUCAUUUAAAUUCAAGUACCUCAGACAAAAGCUCCGUGGCCCCAGGAGGAGGACUUGGGAGGCGUGCCCGGUCUUACCCUGAUCGAUCCGAGUUCCAACAUGCCAUGCACCUCGCAAAUGCUACCUUCUCCGAUAUCAUCGAGGAAGACAGUCAAGUCUCUAAUUCCGGGGGAGGUGGACUCCGGCUCUCCCAACCCUCUUUGGUGUCGCCCUGCUGCAGCCUCCCGUUAGAGAAGACAGCAGACAUUAAAUUCACAAUAGGACAACCCGGCGCACCUCCACUUAUUAACUUUGUGGCUCAAGGCCGGUGCUCACUCUCCCGGUCAAGGUCAACUUCCCCCAAACCCGUGACCGUGGAUUCUUGUUGCCAAACUACCGGAGAAUCGGAUGGAUUCUUAAUGAAAUGUCGUUGCUUCCCAGUGCCAAAUGACUCCGGUGACAAACAACGGUGUGGUGGAAAGUGUAAUGAAUGGGUAACGCCUGGGGAGUCAGUGUUGCUAGAUGAGGUUGGGGCUGUUGGUCAGUUACCUUUGCCACUUGAACAAGCGAAUGCAUUUGAAGGCGUCGUUAAGGAUGACGACGAUCAAGAUUCCGGGAAUGGAUCCGUGUCAGAGUUGCACGCACUCUUUGACCGAGAAUCCCAAGCCAGGCUUAAUGGCGUCCAACAUACAAAGGCCUGAG